AUGAAGCAUUUUAGAGAUAUGUUCUCUCUUCUUGCACCUCUGCUCCUUGUAACGAGCCCGGCUGCCGGGGCGAUAUCUACUGCACAAGACUCCCUUGACUUGGGAGCAAGAUCUUGUUCGCAGUCUGAAGCUCAGGGGAACGCCUCGACAUGUUAUCCCGAGUACAUCAAGAUCAAUCCCAUAUUUGGGCUGCAGAUCAUUUCUGUCGAAGCCACCGCUAUUUUCAAUGCCACCACUGCCCCAAACUUUCCGAACUCCUUUCCAGCCUCUGCGAACAUCACUGGAAUAAACUACUGCAACGUUACAGUCACCUCGCGGCAUCCAGGCUAUCAGGAAGCUGGCAUUAAGACAUCGGUCUAUCUGCCCCUGGACAAUUGGAACGAACGUAUGCUGGGCAUCGGUGGCAGUGGCUUCAGCGCAGGGAAUCAGCUGGACCGGGUUCUCACGCCGCUAUCCCAAGGCUUUGCCACUGUGUCCACCUCGGCUGGAGUUUCCAGGAACACAAUGCAAGAUCAAGAUCGCACCGAGGUUGCCAACUCAGAUUUCUGGGCUCUUUCCAGUCCGGGAAACGUGAAUGUCGAGGCUCUGUCGGACUUUGGAUAUAGAGCAUUGGGAGACGCUGCUGAGAUCGGCAAGUCCGUCAUCGAAAACUUCUACAAGAAGCCAGCUAAAUAUCGGUACUGGAAUGGCUGCUCCACCGGAGGCAGACAGGCACUUAUGCUUGCCCAGCGGCAUCCGAAGGCGUAUCACGGCUUGUUGGGCGGCUGUCCGGCGAUCAACUGGGCGCGUUUUCUCUCUGCCGAUAUCGUCCCUCAGAUUAUCAUGAAGAACAUCACCAAUGGGGGACGAGUACCCGCCCCGUGUGAGUUCCGUGCCAUCACAGCUGCGGCCCUCGAGGCGUGUGAUGUUCUGGAUGGAGUCAAGGACGGUUAUGUGAUGGAUCCUUCGAAGUGCGAAUUUAAGGCUGCGACGGUCCUAGGCAAGCAAAUCGCUUGUCCCGAGUUACCGAGUGGAAAUACUAUAAUAUCCGAAGUUGCUGUCAAAGCGGCUGAGGUCGCAUGGGCAGGAUAUCACACAGUAGACGGCGUUUGGCGAUACUACGGGGUCAGCCGCACUACCAACAUUACGACAAGUGGUACUUUACUAGACACGAAAUGCGACAACACUGGGAAUUGCACCUUUUCACCCUUCCCUAUUGCGGCGAACUGGGUGAAGAACUUUUUGAUGAAAGACCUCCAGGCUGACCCCAUGUCGCUCACGCAUAGCCAGUUCGAUCGUCUCUGGCAGCUUUCUGUACAGGAGUGGUCGUCGUUCAUGAGCACGGAUGACCCGAACCUUGCCGCAUUUAGAGAGACUGGUGGAAAACUCAUAAGUUGGCAUGGGCUUGACGAUAUUCAAAUUCAGGCUGGGGGCACCGAGGAAUACUACAAGCGCGUCCUGGAGUUGGACUCUGAGGCUGCCGACUACUUUCGAUUUUUCCAAGUGCCAGGAGUGGGACACUGCUCAGGAGGAUUCGGGGCCUAUCCUGGAACAUCAUUUCAGUCCUUGAUGGACUGGGUGGAAAAAGGCAUUGCACCAGAGACGCUCUAUGGAAGAACCAGUGCCGGAGUAGAACGCCCGAUUUGUCUCUACCCCAAGAAGGUCUCUUACGUUGGUGGUGAGACUGACAAUAUCAGCUCGUUUGAAUACUAUAGUCCCUGCCGAAGUCAAGAGGACGUGCUUACAAAGGAGUGUUCAUCUAGCAGGCAUUGUUCAGUUGACAAUAAUGGGCUUGGCCUUUGUGCCAUGGCGGAACGGACUUGCUGUCGAAAGGUUUCGAAUAUAACCAAUUACCGCCUCAAACGACUUUAUUACACCAUGUCAAUGAACGGCAGCGCUGUUAUCCUCGCUGGGGCCUCAAGUGCUCCCUACCCGCAAGCUCGCCGCAUAACUAGCACCGCCAACACACACACGCUUUUCAUCUCUGGGGUAACAUCGAGACGUUCUGAUGGCUCCCUUGGUGGGGUACACACCGCAAGCGAUGGUACUGUAACUCUGAGUAUCGAGGAACAGACCUCUGCUGCUCUUAAGAAUAUCGACGCCAUCAUCAAACAAGCAACAAAAGGAAAGGGCGGGCUCAGCAAUGUCAUUGAUGUCACCGUCUUUCUCACCAACUUGAGCGCGGAUUACGCCGGGAUGAAUAAAGUCUGGGUCAAGGCCUGGCCUAAUCGUGAGAGUGCCCCGGCAAGGACCUGCGUGGGCGUGAAAGAGUUGCCGAGUCCCAAUCUCCUGGUUGAACUGAAGGCAACAGCUCUUGUCGAUGAUAACUAG